UUAUUCCAUCACCUCAUCAAGUGCAGAAAGAAUGAAGCUGGGCAGCCAAAGGAAGGUGUCGCAAAGAGGAGGUGGUGGUGGGCUUGGAAGAGCUCUUAGAGAGCAGAAGGCCAGGCUUUAUAUCAUCCGCCGAUGUGUGGUGAUGCUCCUCUGCUGGCAUGACUGAUUCUA